AGAAUGAAGUGUUGUUGAUAAACAGUCGAGAAACUAGUCCUCCGCGAAGUGUUAUUUUAGAACAUCUCAUGUGAAAACAUAUCUGUGCAGCCCAUUUGGUGUGAUAAUUAACUAUUUGUGAUAUUUCGGUGGAAGUUUAGUCAUUGUUGACCGUUGACUCCAGUAAACUGAGUGAAUCUGAAAGCUAACCUAGAAUCUUCUGCAACUCCUCACUGAAGAAACGAUCAGGACUCUCUGUUUGAUAAUUAGAGCACAAUGACAACCAACAGAAGCACCAGGGAAAUUUUAUUAUCACUCGUUGAUGAUAUUGAAUUGAUAGCCAAGGAGAUGAUUGAAAACACAAUAGCCCAGAAGCAUGCAAAGCUAUCGACAUCAGAGCACGCCCAGCUGACGGAGCUGCUCGUCUCCAAAGACCAAGAAUUGAAAUCAACACUAAUACAAUCAGCAGAGCAAGCCCAGAUAAACAUAAAGAUGGACGCUCUGAAGGCCGAAGUGGAACGACAGGAUCAAGACAUUCAGCAGUUGCAGCGCCAGUUGAAAGAGGCUGAGCAGAUCUUGGCAACGGCUAUCUAUCAAGCGAAACAAAAAUUGCAGUCGAUUGCACGGGCGAACAAGCGACCAGUUCCUUCUGAGGAGCUCAUUAAAUUUGCUCAUCGAAUCAGCGCUGCUAAUGCUGUGUGUGCCCCUCUGACCUGGCAGCAGGGAGAUCCCAGGAGGCCUUAUCCAACUGAUAUUGAGAUGCGAUUAGGAUACCUGGGUCGAUUAAGUGAUUUACCAUUGAAUGGUCAGCUUCUUGGAUCACAUCCAGGGAUCACGUCAGAUCUUCAUCGAACGGGGCACUCAACAGAGCCACCAGCAUCGUCAGCGAAUCAAUUUGCAUGGCAUCCGUCCGGUGAGAUUCACAUGUCAAUGGGUGGACAAGGAAGUGUCGCCAUGAACACCCAUAAGCAAGAAAAUGAGGAUGUUGAAGUCAUGUCGACUGAUUCCUCCAGCAGUUCAUCCAGUGACUCCCAAUAAAGAUCAAUCUCAUUCAACUGGUGUAAAGUAGGAUCUGUUUUUUAUUUAAUAUUCCCCUCGUCCCUCUGAUCUCAUGCUCUCGAUCUAGUUGAGAAUGAUUUUGGGUAGAAAUAAGUGCAGCAUUUCAUCGGAAAAUACUUUCUGGGGAUUUCUCUGGAAU